AUGCAUCUGGAAAAGCAGAACGGGGAAUUGAGGACGGGGGCCUGGAGGCUAAUCAACCGCAAGGUUGAGGAGAAGGGCCAGACCCUAGUCCUCUCAGUAGAUGAGAUGAGUGUGAAGGUACUUCAGAAGGAGGGCUUCAGACCAUUUCUGAACUUCACCAGGGUCCUUUUUAGGAACCUGGAGAAGGGCAGGGUAGAUUUGGGACCUUCUGAUGAAGAUCAGGAGGGACCAAAAUCUUGUGGCGCGCGUAAAUGCGGAUUUAGCUUUGAUCCAGGAGCCUUGGGUACAUGGAUCCCGGAUCAGAGGAUUGCAGGGUUCUGCACGGAUGACCUGGUGGCGGCCGAAGUGACUUAUGUAUCGGAGGGAACGCAGAGACAACUGGUAGUUUGCUCAGCGUACCUCCCUUACGAUAAGAAAGAAUCUCCUCCAACCAGGGAACUGAGGGACCUGGUGGCCUGGUGCGAGAAGGAGAAGAAACAACUCAUCGUGGGAUGUGAUGCUAACUCACACCAUACGGUGUGGGGAAGCAGCGAUGUCAACGAUCGAGGUGAGUCUUUACUAGAUUUUCUUUUUAGUUAUAAUCUAGAGAUUUUGAAUGUCGGGAACGAGCCCACCUUUGUUAUAAAAAAUAGAAGUGAAGUCAUCGAUAUAACAGUGGGAUCGGGACCGAUAUGUAAUAAUAUUGCGAGGUGGCAUGUGUCGAAUGAGCCGUCAAUGUCGGAUCAUAGACAUAUCCACUUUGAAAUUAUAACGGAUUAUAAUCCGCAAGUAAGAACCUACAGAGACCCAAAAAGAACUGACUGGGACUCCUAUAGAACGGAGUUACAGGCCAGGACUAGGGAAAUCUGUACAAAACUAAGGAACACAUAUGAUCUUGAGAGGGCCGUGGAGGAACUCCAAAACGCCGUCACAAGAUCAUAUGAAUACAGCUGUCCUAUCAAAGUGAGGUCCGAUAAGCACACCGUACCCUGGUGGAGCAAGGAACUCACGCAGUUGAGGGGACAGACAAGAAAACUAUUUAAUAGAGCAAAGCGGACAGGAGAGUGGGAGGCUUAUAGAGCAACCCUCACUGAGUAUAAUAAAGAAAUUAGAAAAGCGAAGAGAGACUCAUGGAGGAAGUUCUGUGAGGAUAUUGAUAGUGUCCCACAGUGUGCUAAACUCCAGAGACUUCUCUCUAAGAAUGGACAUACGAAACUCGGGUCUCUCAAAGCACCGAGUGGGGAAUAUACCAAAACUGGAAGGGAGACAUUGGAAUUACUUCUAAAUACUCACUUUCCAGGCUCCAGGUUAUUAAAUCAUGGAGAUGAAUAUGACUGGAAUCACCAGCAGAGGGUAACGACCGGGUCUCGACAGAACUGGGAGGUUGCCAAGAUGGUG